AUGGCUAUCUCCACGAAUCAUAUAGACUGGUACCAAAACCAGGUGGUCUUUCUGACCGGCGCAACAGGAAGUUUGGGAGGGUGCUUAUUAUACAAACUCACCGUCCAGCUUCCUACGGCAAAAAUAUACAUGCUAUGCCGAGGCUCCAAACGCCAAGCCAUGGAAAAGUGGGAGAUUUCCAUGCCAGAGCAAGUCGAGGACAUAUUCGACACCGGCAAAGUCCAUUGCCUAAUUGGCGACAUCACCCAGCCUGACCUCGGGCUAGAAAAGACCGAAAUCGAAACACUACAGCGGGAAGUCACAGUGGUGAUUCACACAGCCGCCAAGCUAUCUUUAUUCCAGGAGCUUCCAGCAAGCCUACAAAUAAACUGUUUGCCAGUCAUAUCGUUGGCGCGCAUGGUGAUGUCCUUUGAAAGAAUCAAGGUCUUCUUGCAUGUAUCGAGCAUUUCCACCCAAAGCUUUCUCCCUGGGCCUUCUGUGCUUGAAAAAUCUGAAAACAUUUCUUGCGAUGAAGCAUCCCCCGAAAUACAGUUGGAGAACAUUUUGGCCACGGGCCAAUCGCCAUAUGCAGAUCGUUUUAUGGCUCCCUACGCACAGGCCAAGUACCUGUCGGAAAAGCUUCUUCUUAAUCUACAAACACCUUUCCCGGUACUGCUCGUCCGACCAGCGAGUAUUGGCCCAGCGAUUCAGGACCCAUAUCCGUUAUAUGGGCCAGAAGGCGCGAUCCCCACUCACACAUUCGCCCGACUUCUCAUUGAAGGAGGAAACUACCGCAAAUUUGAGGAUGUGAAUUCAGCCCCCAAAAAUCUUAUUCUGGACGAAGUUCCAGUAGAUAUUGUUUCCAACGCAUGUCUUCUUCAUCUUGCCAUCGGCUCGAUAGAGAUUGUACAUGUUGGCUCGCAACUUUAUAAGCCGGUGACAAUUGAGGGAUUCAUCGGUCAGCUUCAGCGAUAUGUGCCAAAAGAAAUCACCGAGAAAGUGAACAGACUGCGAUUGGCCAAGAAUAUCAAUUUCAUCGACCAAGCAGAUGAAAUGCUCAGCCGUGUUUCUCGAGUGUGGAACAUUGAUUGUGAACGGUCUAAACCACUCAAAGUUAUGGGUGGGCCAAUUGGCCUAUCCCUUGACGGUCAUGACUUUGAAAAUUUUGCGCAAAAAAGAAUUCAACAUCAGGCUAGAAGACUUGAAUCAUGGGUGGACAGUUUGAUGUCUGUAUGA